AUGGAGAUGAACAUAGGGACAGUCACACGAAUAGAAACUGAUCAUUUAGAUAGAUUUAAAUAUUGUUUUAUGGCUUUGGGUGCAUCGAUUGCUGGUUGGAAAUAUUGUAGGCCAGUCAUUGUUGUUGAUGGUACAUAUUUAAAUGGUCACUACGGCGGUACACUCUUUACAGCUUGUACACAAGAUGCAAACAGCAAUAUCUUCAUACUAGCUUUUGGGAUUGGGGAUAAUGAAAACGAUAAGUCAUGGAGAUGCUUUCUUGAAAUGUUGAAGAGGGCAUACGGAUCUAGAGACAAAUUAUGUAUAGUAUCCGAUAGACACAAUAGAAUAAGAAAUGCCAUUGAAUUUGUAUAUCUAGAAGCAAUGCAUGGGAUUUGUUGGUACCAUUUGCUGAAAAAUUUGAAGACUCAAUACGCAAAAUCAGGUCACAAUGUCACACAUGCAUUCAAUUCUGCUGUAAGAGCUUAUACAGUGGAUGAAUUUGAAUACCAAAUGCAGCAAUUGGACUCAAUAAAUGAAGAGAUCAGGGGAUAUUUGUUGGAUGUUGGGUAUGAAAAAUGGUCAAGAUUGCACAUGCCAACCAAUAGAUACUCUACUAUGACAUCAAACAUAGUAAAAUCUGUUAACGCAGUCACGAAGGCGGCAAAAAAUUACCCCAUUAGAGCACUUCUAGAAUCAUUGAGGCAAACGAUCCAAUCUUGGUUUUGCAAAAAUAGAGAUGAUGCACAUGGCACUUUCACAAAACUUGCAACAAAACAUGAGAAGCUGUUAAUGGAAAUGAGCAAUGAUGUGAGAAAUCUAAAGGUUUCUCCUGCCAAUCACACUUUGUUUGAAGUGAGGGACAAUUCUUCAUCUUACAUGAUGGAUAUAACUCUACAUAUAUGUAGUUACAAAAUGUUUCAAGUGGAUCAACUUCCCUGUUCACAUGCACUGGCAGUAAUAGCAACAUUGAAACUGAAUGUGUAUGAUUUUUGCUCGGUGUAUUACAUAAGAGAUGCAUAUCUGAAUACCUACAAAGAGUCUAUCUUUCCUGUAGGUAAUAAAUCAGAAUGGAAUUUGCUAGAAGAUGUGAGUAAUAGAGUUGUUUUGGCUCCAGACCAAAAGAGAAGUUCAGGACGACCUACUGAGAAAAGAAAGAAGUCAGCAUAUGAGAAAUCACAAUUUGUGAAAUGUGGAAGAUGUGGUGAAUCUGGUCACAAUCGUCGAACAUGCAGGAACAUGGUGCUACUUAACCAGAAUGAUAGAAAAUUGAAAUAA